GCAGCCGUUUCCAAUCACGUUUUCUCUUCCUCUCUCUGUGUUUCUCAACAGCACCAUUUCCCAAAGAUCAUAUAUAAACAACAACCCAACUCCCCCCCAAAUCCUCCUUCCUUCGUCCUCUUCGAUGGAGAAGAACACCUUCUCCUUUUCUUGAUCCCCAUCGAUGAUGAUCCCAACCUCUCCGAUGUCCCCAUCGAUGAUGAUGAUCCGAAGCCCUCCGAUGUCUCCAUCGUCGCCGAAGAUGAUCAGCCCGAUCUCGGAUUCGCAGGCGAGGAAUCAACCGCUGAUUGUGAAAGAGGGAUCGGUGGCAGAGAAGGAUAGGGCGCGGAUCGGAGAACUCGCCGGCGGGACGGCGGCGGAGUGUGCGGCGGUGUGCUGUUGCUGUCCGUGUGGGCUUAUUAGUCUAUUGGUUCUGGCGGUGGUGAGGUUGCCGGCGGGGUUGUGCCGGCAGGCGAUCAGGCGGAGAAGGAGGAAGAGGAAGAGAAAGAAGGCGAUGGCGAUGGAAGCGGCGGCGGGGGGUUUUGGGUCUAGUGAUGAUGAUGAAUCGGUGUAUCACCGGCGGGUUUUGAUCGAUUCCGGCGGGGUUGAUUCGGCGCCGUCGAUGUCGCCGUCGGAGGAGGAGGUGGAGCUUGAGAAGGAGAUGUGGGCGAAGUUCUAUAGCGCCGGAUUCUGGCGAAGCUCUUCUCAGAGGGAGUAAAUGGUAAUUUCAGUGUUUUUGCAUUUUACUCCUUUUCAUGUAAAUGUUGUGAUUUCUUUUUGUGAUUUGAUGGACGGUUUUUGAAUGAAGAAAUGUACAGAUUGUCAA